UUAGCUUUAUCGGAGAUGUCGCUGUUGCUAAGCAACCUCAAGAAGAGAGGUCCGAAUGGUUCUGUCCGACUGUCGGGUCGCUGGAUGCUGCAAACCAAACUCAUCAAAGCGCGGCGCUGGAGCCGAUGGAAGCUCCUUCUCUUCCAGGCUUGUCACCCUGGACAUUCCAUGUUGACAACAUGGGUGGAAAAUAACCAACUCAGCUGUGCUGCUAUUAAAAGAGCUCAAAUCCCAGAGUAUUGCUGCGGCGGGUCGACCUGCUGUCCUGCUGGAGGAGCUCUGCUGUCUGCUCAGCUCAGGACACGACUCAAGUCAAACCUGCAGAAACUGGAACGCAAUCCUCCAGCAGGACAUGAAUCUGUCGUGGGCCACCACCGUGCUCCUGGUGCCGUGCGUGGUGGUGCUGACCGCCGGCGUCUUCUACCUCUACGGGGCGGUUCUAGCUCUGCUGUCCAAAACGUCUGUGCGCAACAAAGUGGUGAUAAUAACGGACGCGUUGUCCGAGCUGGGAAAAGGUGGGCGCUUGUUUCAGGAGCAGAUUCCUUCGGCGCCGUCGCUGGGUUUCAGUCUGUCGCUUCCACAGAGUGUGCAGGCGUGUUCCACAGAGGAGGAGCCAGGCUGGUCCUCUGUGGGAAGAGCUGGGAGAAGCUGGAAGAGCUUUCGGAUGAGUUGGCGAGCGCCUCCGAUCCCACGCUGACGUUUCCCCCCAAGCUGGUGCUGCUGGACUUCGGGGACGUGGACGGCACGGCCGAGGCCGUCUCCGAGGUUCUGGAGUGCUUUGGCUGCCUGGACAUCCUCAUCUUCAACAGCAGCAUGAAGGUCAAAGCUCCUGCGCAGACGCUGACUCUGGAGACGGACAAACUCCUCAUGGACAACAACUACUUUGGGCCCAUCACGCUGGCUAAAGGUGUGCUGCCCUCCAUGAUCUCCAGGAGAAGCGGUCACCUGAUUCUGGUCAACAGCAUCCAAGGGAAGCUCGCGGUGCCUUUCAGAACAGCCUACGCCGCCUCCAAACACGCCGUUCAGGCUUUCUUUGACUGUCUGAGAGCAGAGGUGGAGGAGUACGGCAUCUCCGUCAGCACCAUCAACCACACCUUCAUCAGCCGCUCGGCCUCCCAAACCAAACCGCCCAAAUCCUUCAUGUCCCUGUUGUUCACCAAAAAGCCUCUCGGCGUUUCUCCGGACGAGGCCACGGCGGAGAUCAUCAAGACUUUGAGCAACAAGAAGAAGGAGAUCCUGAUGGCGCCUUCCCUGCCCAAGCUGGCCGUCUACGCUCGCUGCUUCUUCCCCGGCGUUUUCUUCUCCGUGAUGGCGGCGGGAGUGAAUGACUCUGCUGCUCCUGAACAGAACUGAAGCUGCUGCUUCGAUCGGGUCCGGCUUUACAACCAAUGUCACAGAUAUGUGACGACGUCUGAAGAACAGUUUUCUUUAAGCAGUAAUUUAAAUUCUGUGCCAAAUUAGGGAGUACAUUAGCCUCAUUUUCUGUUUAGGUGUCUCCAAUCUACAACAGAUCUUCAGGUUUGUUUGCUUUUGUGAUGUUAGGCCAGAUUUAGCUGGAAUUCACGUUUCUGUUUUUGUCUUUAUGAAUUGCUGUGAUAAGUUUAGGUUUAUCUCCUCCGUUUGGAUCCAAAUGAAGAAGCAGAUUCUGAUUCUUUACCUAAACAUCUGACAUUUUCUAAGGACUUCUGCAACUUUUCAUGUUCAUGUUCUGAUUAACACAAAAAUAAUGCAAAUAAAGAUUUAUCAAAAGUA